AUGCACUAUACCACACUCGCAGAAAUACCAGUUCCAACAUCCGCGCAGUUUCUUGGGAAAGACACUGCGCAGGUCAGAUAUUCUGUCCGAAACCACGUUCGAAAUGUGAAUACAACACUGAUCAAGACGAUCACUGGCUUACUCGCCAGUGACGGUCCCUCUCUCUCGCCGCUACUUGAUUUCGACUUAGUCGCUUCUGUCGUAUCCCCCUCUGGGAAGCGUCGCGCCGUUCUACGGGAAGUCAAGAGUGGCGCAGCUCAAGGGAGUCGCUUCGUCGAGAUUUGGUGCGACGAUCUAUUGGAAGCGUCUGUCGAUGUAUCGGAGAGGCAUGGCGCCUUUUACGCAGACGAGUACCUAUCAUCUCUGGCGUUCUCUCCAUCCGAGUUGGCCAUCGUCUACACAGCUGAAAGCAUCCAGCCAAAGUCUAACAAUCCGUAUCAUCGAUUUCGAUUUCAGCCCGAUUUUGGUGAAGGUUUAGACGGAAAGAAACGUUCUACAACUUUUGUUCUACGCUGGAAGCCAUCGACUCUUGAAAACGAUCAAAACGAUACGCCUGUGAUCGCUCUUCUCCCUCUCUCGAUUCCCUCACACAUCUGCCUUGGACAGGCUAUAUUUUCCCCAAACUCUGAAAACAUCAUUUACGGUACAGGGUACGAGUACUCGCGGGAUGGCCGAAUGCUUGGCCUAAAGGGUUGCUACAAUCGCCCCACUGGUAUUUGGCAAGUUAUCAUCAAGAAUGAUUCAACAGAAUCAAUAACAUGCACCUCGCAAAAACUGACGCCUUCGCACUUGUCCUGCCGAUCUCCUCGAUCAAUAUCUUCUGCUGGAUCGUCUACCUUGCUCUGGCUUUCUUGUAAAACUGGGGGUGCACAUAUUUCCACAUCGACCCUACACGCCCUCGAUAUCACAUCAGAUAAGUCUCCGAUCGACCCCGCCGCCAUAGAAGCGGCGGUCGACCCGAUUGUCGACGUCGUGAUGAAUCCGAUCAGAAACAGAUUCCCAGGUCUAUACCCGAGUUACAACAUGCCUUAUUCCCCCGUCGUAAAAUUACAAUCUCAGAACCACAUUUUGAUUUCUUCUGCUUGGGGUUCCCGCUUUACUAUUCUCCUCGUGUCCGUCAAGGAUAGAUCUGUGCGCGAUUUGACGCCGGCCAGCGAAGAACUUUUCAGCUGGUCGAUCCUCGCAGCUGAUGGUUCUUGUCGCUUUAUCUGCUCUCGAAGUUCGCCAUCUAUUCCAUAUGAGAUUAUUCUUGGCACUUUGAAUGAUGAUGGGGAUGUUGCUUGGAAAGUUCUCGACAGACCGAUGUUAACUGAACAAGUUUCAAAUAAAUUGUCCACGAUACGGACUUCCAUUGUUGAAAUACCAGGAAGAUACCCAACAGAGACCAUCGUCGUGCAAUCUAUCAACUCAGGAGCUUCAUGCCUAGCUCCAUGCAUUACAGUUCCUCAUGGUGGACCUCACGGGACAACCACAACUGCUUUUGCCGCCGCAACAACGGCGAUGGUUCUCGAAGGAUACACCCUUUCGUUGCCUAAUUACACUGGAUCCCUUGGAUUUGGUGAGAGUUCCGUUCAAGCGUUGAUUGGGAAUUGCGGCGCUCUGGACGUUCAAGAUUGCGUCGCAUCUAUAAACCACCUCAUCGACCUCGGCGUUGCAGAGCAUGGACCUGGCAAACAAUUUGUGAUGGGUGGCAGUCAUGGGGGUUUCUUGACAGCCCAUCUAAUUGGCCAAUACCCAAGCAUCUUCAGUGCAGCUGUAAUGCGUAACCCAGUUAUUUCGUCUGGGGAAAUAUCUACGUCCGAUAUCCCGGACUGGUACUAUUCAGAGUUUGGUUUUGAUUAUCCCGUUUCCACGGCUCCUUUCUCCCAUCUUUCUGACUCUGGUCCCAUACCGUUGAUGCCAGCUGAAACGUUUUCCAAGCUUCGAGCGGCAUCGCCGAUUGCUCACAUUAAUAACGUUACGGUUCCAGUCUUGCUACUCAUUGGGAAUUGUGAUCGGAGAGUGGCGCCGACGCAAGGCAUCGAAUACUAUCACGCGCUGAAGUCGCAUUUUGGAAGUGAGGGGGCAGUAGAAAUGCUUGUGUUCGAGGGAGAAAGCCAUCCGCUGGAUGGAGUUGAGGCUGGCAAGGUUGUGUUUGAAGCAGGAAGAGACUGGUUCAAGAAUUGUAAGAGUAAAUUUAGUAGCCUUGGCGAUGGCUUGGCGUAA